AUGGCUGACGAAAUUCUGAAUAAGGCAGGUAUCCACAUCGACGAGAUGAAUCGCAUACGGUUGAUGGAUCCAGAGAUUUCCGACACGCUUGGAGAUCUGCGAACCAAUUCCCGUGAUUUCGCUGCACAAAUGACAUCGUUUCGAACAACAACCGAAGGCCUUCUCAAAGCAUUUGAAGAGCUGGCCACUCUGGUCGAAGCGGAGAAGCUUCGAGCGAUGGCCGCCAGAAGUGCGUUUCAGUCAGUGGACAAAACGAGAUCUUCGGACUCUCAACAGCUGCAAAUUGUUAUUCGAGAAAGGCAGGUGGAACUCGAGAGGCUGCGCGUCGAAUUGGCGUCUCUGCAAGCCGUUGAACAGGAACAGAAGGACGUCAUGCAACAGAUUAUACACGGCUGA